CGAAAAUUUAAUAGGAAAAGAAAAGGAAAAUAUUUUAAAAAACUUCCACGUCGCACCGUCUCCGGAUCCGUGCCGUCUCCCUCACGAAGGUAUCGCGACCCGCAUCUAUUCCCGCAUCCAAGCUCCCCUCUUUCGUCUCUUUCUCCUCCUCCUCCUCCUCCUCUGGGUUCGGGUUAGGGUUAGGGUUAGGGUUUUGCUUCCUCGAUGAAGGUGAUCUCUACGUCCCCUCCUCGAUGAUCUCCUCCUCUUCCGCCGCCCUCUUGGCACCUUUCGCGACUCCCAUGGCCUCCGCCGCGGCGGCUCCUCCCCCCUCGGACGCGGGCGACGACCCUGGCGCCUCGUGGUACGGGAACAUCCAGUACCUGCUCAACAUCUCCGCCGUGGGCGCCGCGUUCUGCGUCGUCCUCUUCCUCCUCGUGAAGCUCCGCAGCGACCACCGCCGCUUCCCCGGCCCCUCCGCCCUCGCCGCCAAGCUCCUCUCCGUCUACCACGCCACCGCCGCCCAGAUCGCCCUCCACUGCGGCGCCGACGCCGCCCAGUUCCUCCUCAUCGAGCGCUCCAGCUUCGCCGUCCUCCUCGCCGUCGCCCUCGUUGCCCUCGGCGCUGCGCUCCCCCUCAACCUCUCCGCCGCAUCCGGCCCCGUCGCCGACCAGUUCGCCGCCACCACCAUCUCCCACGUCCCCAAGGGCUCCCCGCUCCUCUGGAUCCACUUCCUCCUCAUGGCCGUAGUCGUCGCCAUCGCCCACUUCGGCUUCUCCAAGAUGGAGGACGACCUCCGGAUCACGCGGUUCCGUGACGGCAACGGAAACCCUAGUGACCCCAAUUCGAACUCAAUCUCCAUUUUCACCAUGAUGAUUCAGGGAAUUCCCAAGACCCUCGCAGCUGACAAGGCCCCUCUCGAGGAGUAUAUCCAGCAUCGGUACCCCGGGAAGGUGUAUCGAGUCAUCAUUCCCUUCGAUCUGUGCUCCUUAGAACAUUUUGUUGCAGAAUGGACAAAGGUCAAGAAUAAAAUCUCUUGGCUGGAGGCUCGAAUGAACGCCCGAAGCCUAUUUGGUGAUGAUGAUGAUGAAGAUGGUGUGAAUAGCAACCAGCAAAGUAAUCAAAAUAUGAUUUUUACUAGAAUUAAAGAGUUGUGGGCGAUGGCUGCUGUCAAAUUGGGCUUCACUGAUGAAGAGAGGCUAAGGAAAUUGCACAAUAGAAUGUUGAUUCUAGAGAGCAAACUGAUGGAUUACAAGGAAGGUCGUGCGCCCGGUGCGGGAAUCGCAUUCGUGGUCUUCAAGGAUGUCUACACCGCCAACAAGGCCGUGAGGGAUUUCAGGUCCGAAAGAAAGAAGAGGCCCAUAGGGCAGUUCUUCCCAUUGAUGGAGCUUCAGCUCGAACGAAGCAGAUGGAGGGUGGAGAGGGCCCCGCCGGCUUCUGACAUCUACUGGAACCACCUUGGUUUGAACAAGGUCUCAUUGCAAUUACGGCGAGUUGCUGUGAACACUUGCCUUGUUCUGAUGCUUCUGUUCUGUAGCUCACCUCUGGCCAUUAUAAGCGGGAUGCAGAGUGCGGGGAGAAUUAUUAAUGCGGAGGCUAUGGAUAAUGCUCAAUCUUGGCUAGCCUGGCUAGAGAGCUCCAGCUGGUUUUGGACGGUGAUUCUCCAGUUCCUCCCCAAUGUUCUUAUUUUCGUGAGCAUGUACAUUAUCAUCCCUUCGGCGCUUUCUUAUCUUUCCAAGUUUGAGUGCCAUCUCACUGUUUCGGGGGAGCAGAGAGCUGCAUUGCUAAAGAUGGUCUGCUUCUUUUUGGUAAAUCUCAUAUUGUUGCGUGCCUUGGUGGAGUCUUCUCUAGAAAGUGCAAUUCUUCGCAUGGGGCGGUGUUAUUUAGAUGGCGAAGAUUGCAGAAGGAUCGAACAGUAUAUGAGCCCAUCAUUUUUAUCCAGGUCUUGCUUAUCAUCUCUUGCAUUCUUGAUUACAUGCACCUUCUUGGGGAUCUCUUUUGACUUACUGGCUCCGGUCCCUUGGAUAAAGAAUAUGUUGAAGAAAUUUCGGAAAAAUGACAUGCUCCAGUUAGUUCCAGAACAAAAUGAGGAUUACACAUUAGAGCAUAACAACGAAGAAAAUAAUCUAAGAGCCCCUUUGAUGUCUGAGAGACAAGACAGUUCGGUUUUGAAUGAUAUUGAAGGACACAGUCUUUCAGUAUACCCAAUAAACAGGAGUUUCCACAUGCCAAAACAGAAGUUUGACUUUGCACAGUACUAUGCGUUUAACCUCACAAUAUUCGCACUCACCAUGAUCUACUCCUUGUUCGCUCCGCUAGUGGUUCCUGUUGGUGCCAUAUACUUUGGCUACCGAUAUGUAGUGGACAAGUAUAACUUCUUGUUUGUCUACCGAGUUCGAGGAUUUCCUGCUGGUAAUGAUGGAAAGCUGAUGGAUAGGGUGCUAUGCAUCAUGCAUUUCUGUAUAAUCUUGUUUCUUCUGUCUAUGUUACUAUUUUUCUCUGUCCAGGGUGACUCUAUGAAGCUUCAAGCUAUUUUUACUCUUGGCUUGCUAGUUUUCUAUAAGGUGCUCCCUUCAAGAAGUGAUGGGUUCCAGCCAUCUCUCUUGGAGGGUAUGCAGUCUGUUGAUAGCUUUGUAGAUGGGCCUACGGAUUAUGAGGUUUUCUCCCAACCUCAAUUUGAUUGGGAUAUAUAUCAAUCUUGAAGCAAAAUUAAGUCGAGUCGUUUUAGUGUAUUCUCAAAAUUGUUCCCUGUGAUGGUUAACAUUUAUUUAUGUAGCACUAGCAUUCCUUUGUAUAGUCAUACUUGCCAUUUCUUAGCUUUCUUUUCGGGGUACUGUAAUUUGGGUAGGUUUAUGAUGUUUGUCUAUUAAGUUACACUCAAAUUCUUGCCUGAACUUGCGUGAUAGGUGGAGAAUGUACAGUUUUAUCGAACAUUGUUUCAAAACUUAAGCAUUGGAAUCUUUGCAUUCCUUUUUAGUGCCAUGAUUUGUUUAUUUGUUA